AAGCACAGGGGGAGCAGGAAGGGAGCCAGAGCUGAGGAGGGAGGAAAGGGCACCACCAGCAGCCCCCGUCCCUGAGCACCAGGUCUGCGGCGCCCGGCCCGGCGCGGGAUGGCGGCGCGGCCCGGCCUGGCGCGGGCGCUGCUGCCGGCGCUGCUGCUGCUGGCGGCCGCGCAGGAGCCCGUCCCGAGGGUCAGUCUGCCCUACGACUCAGCCGAGCGGGUCGUGCGGCGGUUCGAGGCGCCCGGCGUGUCCAACUACACGGCUCUGCUGCUGAGCCCGGACGGCAGCACCCUCUACCUGGGGGCACGUGAGCUGCUCGUCGCCAUCAACACCAGCCGCUUCCAGCCUGGGGCACCGGCUCGCAGGCUGCUGUGGAGUGCGGAUGAGGAGAAGAAGAGACAGUGUGUAUUCAAGGGCAAGGACCCACAGAGAGACUGUCACAACUACAUCAAGAUGCUUCUGCAGCUGAACAGCACCCACCUCUACACCUGUGGCACCUGCGCCUUCAGCCCAGCCUGUGCCUAUAUCAACGUACAACACUUCAGCCUGGAGCGGGACGCGUCGGGGAAGGUGCUGCUGGAGGACGGGAAGGGACGCUGCCCCUUCGACCCCGAGUACCGGUCCACGGCCGUCAUGGUCGACGGUGAGCUGUACGCUGGGACUGUCAGCAACUUCCAGGGCAACGAGCCGACCAUCUACCGCAGCCAGGAGAGCCGCAUCGCCCUCAAGACAGAGAACUCCCUCAACUGGCUGCAGGACCCAGUCUUCGUGGGCUCAGCCUACCUGCGGGAGAGCCUGCCUGCUGGCAACCCUGAGGGCGACGAUGACAAGGUCUACUUCUUCUUCAGCGAGACCGGCAAGGAGUUCGACUACUUUGAGAACACCAUCGUGUCCCGCAUCGCACGCGUGUGCAAGGGGGACCAGGGCGGGGAGCGUGUGCUGCAGCGGCGGUGGACGACCUUCCUGAAGGCACAGCUGCUCUGCUCUCACCCCGAGGAUGGAUUCCCCUUCAACGUGCUGCAGGACGUCUUCGUGCUCACCCCGGGGGAGCUGCGCUGGAGGGAGACGCUCUUCUAUGGGGUCUUCACCUCGCAGUGGAACAAAGGUGGCCUGGGCAGCUCGGCCGUGUGCGCCUUCACCAUGCGCAGCGUGCAGCAGGCCUUCAGCGGGCUCUACAAGGAGGUGAACCGCGAGACGCAGCAGUGGUACACAGACACUGGCCCGGUGCCUGAGCCCCGGCCAGGCUCGUGCGUCACCAGCCACACGCGGCACCUGAAGAUCAACUCGUCGCUGCAGAUGCCGGACCGGGUGCUGAACUUCAUCAAGGACCACUUCCUGAUGGACAGCCCCGUGCGCAGCCAGCCGCUGCUGCUGCAGAGCCGCCUGCGCUACCAGCAGAUCGGCGUGCACCGCGCACAGGGCCUGCACGGCACCUACGACGUCCUGUUCCUGGGCACGGAUGAUGGGCGGCUGCACAAGGCUGUGCGCGUCAAUCACGGCGUGCACAUCAUCGAGGAGAUCCGCCUCUUCCCCGCUGGACAGCCUGUUCUGCAGCUGCUGCUGGACCACGACCAGGGCCUGGUCUACACAGCCACCUACACGGCAGUGGCUCAGGUGCCCUUCGCCAACUGCAGCCUGUACCGCAGCUGCGGGGAGUGUGUGCUGGCGCGGGACCCCUUCUGCGCCUGGAGCCGGAGCCUCUGCCGCCGGACCACCCCGCACUCCCUGGCGCACCCCCAGCUCUGGGCACAGGACAUCGAGUACGCUGACACGGAGCGGCUUUGCCAGCGAACCAACACCUCCCAGCCCCGGCCCCGUGUCCUCCUGCCCCCAGCCUCAGUCACCCCGUGCCAGCGGAUCCAGCUGCUGCCCAACGCGGUGCAGCCACUGCCUUGCCGGCUGCUCUCCAACCUGGCCUCACGGCGCUGGCUGCAUGACGGGGUGCCCGUCAACGCCUCCUACCUGGUGCUGCCUGACGGGGCCCUCAUCCUGGUGGGCAGCGCCGAGCGGGCGGGCACCUACGAGUGCUGGUCACUGGAGGAGGGCUUCCGCAAGCUGAUGGCCAGCUACUGCGUGGCUGUGGACGAGCCGGCCCAUGGGCCCCUAGACCCCGGCAGGAAGGUGGCCGCCGGCCGGGACGCGCUGGAGACCGUCAGCACGUCGCGGAGCACCUCGGCGGUGGGCAGCGCCGCGGCCCGGCUGGAUGGCAAGACCUACUGGACUGAGUUCCUGGUGAUGUGCGUGCUCUUCGCCGCCGCCGUCCUCGUGCUGGCCCUCUUCCUCCUGCACCGGCACCGCGAUGGCAUGAAAGCCUUGCUGGAGCCCGGCGACCCCGCACGGCACCAGAAGCCGCCCCGCAAGCCCGUGGAGAGCCUGCCCCUGAACGGCAGCAACCUGCCCACCGCCGUGCCCGAGCACAAGGGCUACCAGGCCCUGCAGGACAACUACAUCGUCAGCACCCCCGUGCACGAGCCCACAGCCCCGCCCCGCGCCUUCUCCGAGUCGGAGAAGAGGCCCCUCCACGUCCGGGACAGCUUUGUGGAGGUGUCUCCUGCCUGCCAAAGACCCCGGGUGCGCCUGGGCUCCGAGAUCCAGGACUCGGUGGUGUGACAGGGGCGAGAGCCGAGCCCUCGUCCAUGACCGCCUCUGCUCUGCUGAGCCUCGCUGGACCGCGGCCGGGGUCCGUGUUGUCUGUGUGUGCAUGCCUGGAGCCCACGGCACCCACCCAGCCUGCGGGGACGGCCCCACCACGAGCUCCCCGGGCACCGCCUCAGCUGCUCCGGUCCCACUCCUUGGGACAGUGCCAGCGGCUCCGGGAGUGAGGGCUGCCGUGUGCCUUCCAGGGACGUGCGGGACUGUUCCUCCCCCUCUGUGUCCACCCCCCCACCGUGGGGACAGACGCGGUGCCUGGUUGGGGCUGCCGGCGUGGCCCCGGCUCUGCCCGCUCCACGGGGCCCUGGCCCCUCUAUGCAGAGGGCAGGAGGGGGCAGCCACAGCCCCCUUGCGCCCUGACUCACUGUGAUGCCCCAUGGCGGGACCCGGAGCCACGUGUGCAGCCGGGUGGUGCCGGCAGUGCCGCUGUGGCAUGUGCUGUGUGUCUGUGCUUGGUUCGUUUUUAAUACGUUGAAAAUGUGAAUCGUGUCCCGGGGAGGGAGCGGGGGCCCCGUGCCAGGCUGGGCAGGGACCUGCCCCCGCGGCCCCGUGUGCGUGUGCAGAAACGUCCGUGGUUUUUAUAUAAAGUCCAGGUGUCUCCUUUG